UACAUACGACGUUUUGGCCUAAAGGUCUAGAUACCAGGCCAUAAACUCCAAAAAAAAAAAAAGUUAAUACGUUUUCAAAGUUUAUUGGAUCCGCGUUUUCGGUAUUUCUUAUUUGUUGGACGCUUUGUUAAAACGAAUACAGCUUAAAAGAUGAGUCUGGAAAUAGAAUCAAUGGUUCGUCAUGUAUCUCCAAUCAACCCUGCAGUGUUUCCGCAUCUUACUCUGCUUCUCUUAAGCAUUGGAAUAUUCUUUACAGCGUGGUUCUUCGUGUAUGAAGUUACAAGCACAAAGAGUUCCAGAGAUUUAUUUAAGGAGCUCCUGUUAUCAUUGGUAGCAUCCUUGUUUUCAGGGUUUGGUAUCUUGUUUUUAUUACUUUGGGUAGGCAUAUAUGUCUAGAAUUAAGCCAUCUGCACAUACCGGUUUCUAUAAACCUAUGCAAGCAGUCUUAUUGUAUGUGUAUUUUUAAGUUAUAAUAAAAGUAAUUUGUAUAAU